AACCCUAACUAGGUCGAAAGCGUCGGAGCAUCCAUCGUUUCCCCUCCACAUCCACCUCUCGAGAAACCCUAGCCCCUCCUAAACCUCCUACGAGCUCCUACAUCACCACGAUCUCCAAUGGAGGUGGCGGCGGCGGAGACGGCGACGGCGGAGACGGCGACGGCGCCAUGUUGGAGCGCGGUUGUGCGGAAUCGCGCGACGGAGCCCCAGGAGCCGGUCCCGAGCCGCGUCUUCGGGAGCUUCAACUCGAGCAAGGGGAUCGCGGUGGCGGUGGUGGACGCGAACGCGAUCAUCCAUGGCGACAAGCUCGCGGGAUCCGCGGACAAGUUCGUCUCGGUGGCGGAGGUGUUGGAGGAGGUGCGCGACCCCGUAUCGCGCCAAAGGCUCUCCUUUUUGCCCUUCCCCAUCGAGACCAUGGAUCCGUCCCCGGAGUUCAUCAAGAAAGUGGUUAAGUUUGCGAGGGAGACAGGAGACCUGCACACCCUCUCUGAUGUGGAUAUUAAGAUCAUUGCUUUAGCUUACAUGUUAGAAGCACAGAUUCAUGGAACUAGCCAUUUAAGAGAACAACCUCCGCCACUUCGUGUGGUAAAUGUCAAAAAUCUAGCUGAGGCUGAUAUGCCCGGUUGGGGUUCGAAUGUGCCUAAUCUGGCAGAGUGGGAAGCUCUUGAGCAGAUAUCGGAGGGUGGGGAAAAUCAUGGUUCUCGAAUACUCCCAUUAAAGGAUCUUAACAAUCAAGCUAUUCCUGCUUCUAAUAGUGCUCCCAGCACUGAUGAACAUGAUGGAGGGCAUCGAAAUUUGGGUAGGCCUGGGCUGUUCACUGCUCCGAAAAAAGAGGUCAAAAUAGAGGGUAAAAAGAUGGUGGCUGAUGGAAUAGAUGCUUCUCAGGGGGAGGAUACUGAAAACUCGAAUGAUUGGCUUCCUUCCGUUAGUCGGAGCACGCAUAGAAGGUUCUUGAGAAGGAAGGCAAGGCGCGAAUUGUUAGCAUCUCGGGAAACUAGCGAGCUUGGCGAAUGUGAAAAUCGAGAGGAAAAGUCUUGUGAUGAGAGGCAUGCUGAACAUGAUGUACCGGUGGAGGAUAAAAUUGAAAAGUUAAAUAUUUCCGAUGAAGAGGAAGAGAAUGAAUUAAAUGUGGUUGAGAGCGGACUAGGCCAUGUGGAUCCUGCUGGUGAGGGAGAUGACAAUAUUACCUGUGAUGAGGAACUGGAUGGCGUCGAGAUAAGUAGUCAGACUGAUGAGAGCACUGCAACUUCUUUGAUGGAUGAUGGUAGCAGUGAGCAGAGCUGGAUGCUGAGGUCCCUAUCCGACUCAACUGUGGCUUGUGUGACUAGUGAUUACGCCAUGCAAAAUGUUAUUCUACAAAUUGGUCUUCGAUUAUUAGCACCGGGCGGUAUGCAGAUUCGGCAAUUGCACAGGUGGGUUCUAAAAUGUCAUGCCUGCAACAAAGUGACUCAAGAAAUCGGGAGAAUAUUUUGUCCUAAAUGUGGCAAUGGUGGAACUCUACGAAAAGUAUCUGUUACGGUUGGCGAAAAUGGUAUUGUUUUGGCUGCACGUAAGCAACGUUUUAUUCUUCGAGGGACGAAAUUUUCCCUUCCCUUGCCUCAAGGUGGAAGAGAAGCCAUCACCAAGAACCUCAUUCUGCGAGAAGAUCAGCUCCCUCACAAGCUUCUGUACCCUAAGUCGAAAAAGAAAUCGAGCAAGCAGGAUCUGGAAUUUCUUGGUGCGGAUGAUAUAUUUUCCCACGCCGGUGAAAGGAGGGCUCCACUGAAGCCUCCCGUGAGACAAGCACUUGCACUUUACGGCGGGAAAAGAAACCCUAACGAUAACCAUUAUUCUCGGCGUAAGCACUAGAAGACUACACUGGAAACCGUAAGCAGUUGCUUGCUCCGACGCUGUCAAAAGAAAGAUUGAAGCUAUUUUUGCCACAUGGAAGCUGAUAAGAUUAACUGCUCGCAAAGCUCAUUGUGGUAUUAUGAAGAAUUUUUUUUUUUCGACCGUUUAGAGUUUUCCAAAUUUUGGGUUUUUUGCCUUUCUUGUUAAAAUCAUUUUGUCAGUUCCUUUCUGAGGUGCAAUUUUAGAAUCUUUGAGAUUGUGUAAUCUUAGAGUGUGCAGGAGCUAAAACUCUAAAACUCAGUGUUAUCAGUUGGAUGGUUUGUAUGGAACCAAUGAAGAAUUGCUACAUUACACAAA